AUGGGCACGGGGGAUUUUAUCUGCAUUUCCAUGACCGGAGGGGCGCCCUGGGGGUUCAGAUUGCAAGGUGGCAAGGAGCAGAAGCAGCCCUUACAAGUUGCUAAGAUCCGAAGCCAGAGCAAAGCCUCUGGGUCUGGGCUCUGUGAGGGGGAUGAAGUGGUUUCUAUCAAUGGCAACCCUUGUGCAGACCUCACCUACCCCCAAGUCAUCGAGCUCAUGGAGAGCAUAACGGACUCUCUCCAAAUGCUUAUCAAAAGACCAUCCAGUGGAGUAAAUGAGACUUCCAUCUCUGAAACUGAAAACAACCCCCCCGAGCAUCUCACCCAUGAGGGGCGCGUGGAAAGUACCACCCUGCAGAUUCGACCAGCCGCAAAGAGCCAGCACAGAGAGUUGUACGUUGCCUCAGUCAGGAGUGGGGCUCCUCUAGCUGAGGACCAAGGGAGUGGUCCUGGUUUUUCUGGGAGCAUAAAAGAAGAAACAGGCUUGAGCUACCAUGUGGCUCCCCCUAUGCCUGACUCCCAAGCAGGACGCUUAGCAGAGGAGAUUAUCUUAAGGGAGAAGGCAGAAGUUGGGCAGCCAGGCUCUGUGGUUGAGCUACAACUGUCCCUUUCACAAGAGAGACACAAGGUCACGAAUGUCCCUGUGGUGGCUCUCGUGGGAGCUGAAAAAUCCAAGUCUCCUGACCCAGAUCCUCCCCACGUACACCACAGUGGGAUCGUCCACAUAAAUUCAGUCCCCACGAAGGAGAAAGGGGAGCCUUCUCUGAGGUCCAGCAAGAUAAUCCAGCUCUCCAGUGGCAAAGAGUUAAAAGUGAUCCAGGGAAGUGAAGCAGGAGACUCGGGGCUGCCCCGGGUGGAAGUGAUACUCGACUGCUUGGACAGGCAGAAGACGGAAGGGUGCAGGCUUCAGGCAGGAAAGGGGUGUGUGGAUUCUCCAGUAGAAGGAGGGCAGUCAGAAGCACCUCCUUCUCUGGUAUCCUUUGCAGUCUCAUCAGAAGGCACAGAGCAGGGAGAAGAUCCACGCUCGGAAAGGGAUCACAGCCGACCUCACAAGCACCGAGCGCGCCACGCACGGCUCAGGAGGAGUGAAAGCCUAUCAGAAAAGCAGGUGAAAGAAGCAAAAUCUAAAUGCAAAAGCAUUGCCCUCCUUCUUACAGAUGCCCCCAACCCCAACUCCAAGGGGGUGUUGAUGUUUAAGAAGCGUCGUAGGCGGGCCAAGAAAUACACCCUAGUCAGCUACGGCACUGGCGAACUUGAGCGGGAGGCAGACGAGGAGGAAGGUGACAAAGAGGAUACCUGUGAAGUAGCCUUUCUGGGCACGAGUGACUCAGAGGUGGAUGAAGAGUUAUUGUCUGACAUUGACGACAGCGCACAAGUUGUGAACUUUGACUGGGAUUCUGGACUAGUGGACAUCGAGAAGAAACUGAACAGAGGCGACAAGAUGGAGAUGUUGCCAGACACCUCAGGCAAGGGCGCCCUCAUGUUUGCCAAGAGGAGGGAACGAAUGGAUCAGAUCGCAGCCCAAAAAGAGGAGGAGAGGGUGGGUGGAGUGCCAAGCAGAGAACCCGAUGCUGCACAGUCGGAGGGCCUGAGAACCAUGGCUUCUUACCAAAGGAAGGAGGAAGAAUCUGUAAGAGUGCAGAGCUCUGUGAGCAGAAGCUACAUCGAGGUGAGCCAUGGUCAUGGCCACGUGCCCCAACAGAAUGGCUUCAGUGGGGUGUCCGAAACAGCAGAGGCCCAGAGGAUGAUACCUAUGAACAGAACAGCCAAACCCUUCCCGGGGUCUGUGAACCAGCCAGCGACCCCCUUCUCCCCAACCCGAAACAUGGCAAGUCCCAUGGCAGACUUUCCGGCGCCUCCACCUUAUUCUGCAGUCACACCUCCACCUGAAGCCUUCUCCAGAGCGGUAUCAAGUCCGGUAGCCGGCCCGGCACAGCCUCCUCCGUGGCCCCAGCCUGCCCCCUGGUCCCAGCCAGCCUUUUACGACUCAUCUGAGCGAAUAGCCUCCCGGGAUGAAAGGAUCGCUGUGCCCGCAAAAAGAACAGGAAUAUUGCAGGAGGCCAAAAGGAGAAGCACGACGAAGCCCAUGUUCACUUUUAAAGAGCCCAAAGUAAGCCCAAAUCCUGAACUCUUGUCACUUCUUCAAAAUUCGGAAGGCAAAAAGGGCGCCGGAGCCGGAGGCGAUUCCGGACCCGAAGAAGACUACCUCAGUUUAGGAGCAGAGGCUUGUAAUUUCAUGCAGAGCUCCUCCGCAAAACAAAAGACUCCGCCUCCUGUUGCUCCGAAACCCGCAGUCAAGUCCUCAUCCUCCCAACCAGGAACUCCAGUGUCUCCGGUCUGGUCCCCAGGCGUGCCUCCGACCCAACCUCCUGCCUUCCCCACGUCCAACCCGUCGCAGGGCACCGGUGUCUCCUCCAUCAAAAUAGCCCAGCCUGCCCACGCUCCUGCCCGGCCCGCGAGCGCUCUGACCCUGGCUGGUCCCUUCAAAGGACCACAACCAGCAGUAGCCAGUCCCAGCUACACACCUAAGCCAGCAGCUCCCACAGCAACAGUGAACGCGGCUCACGCUGGUGCCCCGGGACCAUCCAAUGAGCUUCCAGGAAUGAGUGGGAAAGGAGCCCAGCUCUUUGCGAAAAGGCAGUCGAGGAUGGAGAAGUAUGUGGUCGAUUCAGACACGGUGCAGGCCCAUGCUGCUCGCGCCCAGUCUCCCACUCCGUCCCUACCGGCCGGCUGGAAGUACUCCUCCAACGUCCGCGCACCUCCUCCUGUGGCCUACAAUCCUAUCCACUCCCCCUCCUACCCUCUGGCUGCUCUCAAGUCUCAGUCCUCAGCCCCACAGGCCUCCAAGACAAGCAAGAAAAAGGGCAAAAAAACCCUCAAUGCUUUGGACGUCAUGAAGCACCAACCAUAUCAGCUAAACGCAUCCUUGUUUACUUUCCAACCUCCAGAUGCAAAGGAUGGCUUCCUCCAGAAGUCGUCCGCCAAGGUCAGUCCAGUGCCAGCCAUGAAGCAAGCUCUUCCUCCCCGGCCCGUGAAUGCUGCCUCGCCCACUACAGCGCAGGCCUCCUCUGUGUACUCGGUACCCGCAUACAGCUCUCCGUCUGCGUUCUUUGCAGAGGCCACCUCACCGGUCAGCGCAUCCCCAGUGCCCGUGGGCAUUGCCACCUCUUCCAAGCAAGAAUCAGCCACUACAUCUUACUUUGUGGCACCGAGGCCGAAGUUCUCAGCCAAGAGAAGUGGUGUCCCAGUUCAGCAGAUUGGACACCCCCUUUCUCUUCCUGGAAGACCAGUCCCACCCACCAUCUCCACAACAUCUCCUUGGGUAUUCCAGUCUGCUUAUAACUACUCUAGCAAAUCAACGGAUGAGCUAGAGAAGGCAAACAAGAGACUAACUCCUUGGGUUGCAGCAGUGAAGUCUCCUCUUGGUCUAGUGGAUGAUGCCUUUAAACCCAGAAACAUCCAGGAAUCCAUUGUGGCAAAUGUGGUCUCAGCAGCUAGGAGGAAGGCGCUUCCAGGGCGCUCAGAGGAUUGGAACGAGAGACUGUCCUAUGUUCCUCAAGCCCAGAAGGUGAAUGUGAGCGCAUUUGCAAGGCAAGAGUAUAAUGUUGCAUCUUUACCUAAUAAUAAUAUGUCCACCAACUCCCAAUAUGGUUCACAGUUGCCAUAUGCAUAUUAUAGGCAGUCUUCCAGAAAUGAUUCUGAAAUAAUGUCCAUGGAAACUAGGUCUGAUUACUGUCUUUCAAUAGCUGAUUGCAACUACAACCCACACCCAAGGGGAUGGAGGCACCAAACAUGAAUGUUAGAAAAACUGAUCUUGUGCCAUCUACAAUAGUAAUUUUUAAAAUAUUCCUUUGUAGGGUGUUUCACUUUUCCAGUAGAUUUUGAUUCACUUUUGGUCUUGGCUUGUUCUCAGAAGUCAUUUAUUUGAGUUUGUGUGUGUGUAUACAUAUGCACACGUGAGUGAUCUCUUCCUUGUCUGCUCAUGAUAGAGAAUUUCUUUGAGGAAAAAAUUCACUUUCUGCAUUGAUGUGCUGACACAUAUCUAAUUCAUAAUCUUAAUUCAAUUUAUUCCAUUAAUAUGAGGUAGUCUAGGCAACUAAACACUGCUCAUUUAAAGUGAAAUUAACUAUUUUCUUCUAAGUGUCUUAGUCUAGGAAGGAAUUAACGAAAUAUGCACUAAUUGUCAUUAGCAGGAACAGCAAGGAACAUAACGUGGGAGAAGUUUUCAAUGAGAGCAUGCCAUUGAAUGAUAAUUAUAUAAAAAAAGAUUUCCUUGAUGUUAUUUUAAACAUUUCUCUGAAACAUUAUCAAAAGUCCAAUGAAAUUCAGUUUUUUAGAAUUGAAAUAUAAGUGUUCUCAGAAAGAAAGAAAGAUUUGACAGAAAGAUAAUUAUACAAUUCAGAAGGACUUUUGAGGCAAAUUGUGUAAUGUAUGGGUAAUAGAAAGAUUUAGGUAUAGAAUUUAUUUUUAAUCUAUUUAAAGCCAGCAGCCUGAGACAGGAAUAGAUUCUGGGUUCAGGUGUCCUCAUUUGUCAAAUGAGAAAAUCAGAUUAUUUAAUCUCUUAUAUCCUUAACAGCUCUGACAUUCUGAGAUUCUCUCAUUGGUAGAAUGGCCUUUGGUGCAUUAUUCAUUUUUGUUGCUCAUCAUAUAAAUGCAGGAUUAAUUUAGGAGGGGGUUAGGUCAUCCGUGUCACUACAUGUAUAAUUAAAGGUCCAAAAGGAAUCGUUGGGAGAAAGGUUUUGCGCUAUGUGUUACAUGGAGGAAGGGUUGAUGUGAAGAAAAUAUUGUUAAUGGAUUUAAGGAAGUGGUAGAUGGAUGUGUCUGUUAUUAUGCAAUUGUAGGUCAUGACCAUUUAUUUAGUUACAGAAAACAAAGCCAUCAUUAGGAUGUUCAAAGGAAGCUGAACAGCUGCUUGGUCAAUUUCAUGACCCAUGCUUUGUUAGCAUGACCAUGAGACAAUCAGACACCUGCUCUUUACUGCCAUACCCACAAAGUAUUCAGUACAAGGAAAUUCAAAGUAUUUAACAUCAUAAACAAGAAUUGAGAGCAUUUUAAAAUAAAAAAUAUUUUGAGUAUUCAAAUUUUUCUUAGAUUUUUUAAUGUGAUUAUUUGGCUUUGUUUUACUCUUUAAGUCUUGAAUUUAUCAUUAUAAUGGUGUCUUUCACAGAAUAAAACUUAAAAAAGAAAAAAAAAAAACUCCAGGGUCUAAGUGAUCCCUUACCUUGGAAGUAGAAGAUUAAAAAUCUGAAGAAAUUAUGCGUUCUUUUAUUGAUGGACCCAACCAGAUACUAAUUUGUUUAGUUAUAAAGAAAAGAUAAAUACUUCUAAAGUUAUAUUGUUAAAAUCCCUUAAAUUUAUAUACUGUUAAUUCUCUCAAAUUAUAAAAUAUAAUUAUUGACUCCAAAGACUUUCUAUGGAAUCUUAAAAAAUAAUGCCUGGCAUAUUGAUCAGUAUGUCAGCAAAUUCUCAGGAAUCCCCUACAAAAAGUCUUACUUGCUUCAAACUUUAUUAUAUUGGCUGAAUCACUCUAGAUGUCAGUGUCUUUAGAUAAGGGUCACUUAGCAGAAAAGACUGCCUGGCAGGAGCAGAUCCUAUUUGAUUGCUUUCUUUUAUAAAUGCUAGAAGUUGUUUCCAUUACUCCUAGGAUUUAAUAGACUCCAACUCCAGAAAUUGAUAUAUAUUAGAUCAUUCACUAAAAUUUCACUGUGCUCAAAAUAAGAAAAGCAGACGUUGUAAACUUAAAUAUUAUUAUAAUAAAAUAGCCAUCUCCCUCUUUGAAUGUACUAGAUCAAAAUUAUCAUUUGUGUGACAUUAUCUGAAUUUAUUCUAGACAUCAAGAGAAAGACAAUACAUGGCAGGAAAGUUGUACAUUUUUCACUCACAAAGAAAUGAACACCUCAUAGUUUUAUUAGAAAUUGAUGUUUCAAGAAGUCAUUUGUAGAUAUAAUUCUGAAAAGCAGAAGUGCCAAGGUCAAAUCAUUACAAAAUGUAUUGUAGAUAUUGAAUCUCCAGUUUAUUUAAAAAUGAGUAAAGUUAGAUUGCUUAUAUUCAAGCUAAUGUUUGAGACAGAAGACCUGCCACACCGAGAUCUGAUUCUUAUGGGUAAGAAUACCUUAUAUCUGUAAGAUCAAAACAGCAUCUUUAGAAGAGCCAUUGCUUAUAAAUAUAUGCCACAUUUGUGAAGAUAUUUUUCUACAGGUAGUAAUCACAUAGGUAGACAGAGUUCCUGUUUUACCAUGGAUUAAAAAGCAUGCCGUAAAAUGUUACAGUAUGCCAGUCAUAGGGACACUAAUUUGUCACCUUUCCGCCAAAUUGAGUUUAAAUGUCACAUCAUUGCAUGUAUGUGAAGUGUCCGCUAUUAAAAUGACUUAGAUUUUGUCUAGUAUUUUGAGUUUUAUAAAUGCACAGGUUCUAGUCCAUUUAUUUCUGAAUAUGUCUCUUUUAUGUUUUGGCACCAUCACUCACAUUGAAGAGGGCCACCCUAUUAGGGCUCAAGCAUAUAUAUGUAUUAAUGAAUUGAAACUUUGGAUAAACAAUUGUAUCAGGCUCAGUUAUUAUAAUUAGAGAUGAAUUGUAGAAAUGUUUAAAGAGAAAGUAGAUUUUCACAUUUGAUUUCUGUUCAAAGUAGAAGUAUCUACAUUGUCCACAAUUUUCUAUUAAAAAUGAUUAUGUUCUCCUGCUAGUUAGACUGACAUUUCUAACUGUGUUUAUCCCAAAAGACUGUAUUUGAAAGAUGCAUACUGAAAAUCAGAAUUGUAUUAGUA